AUGAACAAAACUCACCCCCAGAGCAAUGGUGAUGUAGCUACUUUUGAUUCAACGAAGUCCUUCUCUGAAGAAAGAGACUGCUGCCGGCCACGCAGCGCCCGCAUGAGCUGCACGGGGAGACGCAUCUGCAUCUCUGCCGUGGCACUGCUCGUCCUUGCUGCAGCUGUGGGCUUGGCGGUGGCGCUGGGGCUCCUGCUACGGGCACCAGUGAACCGCUUCUGUGCAGCUUCCAAUAACCGGACAGGCUUCUUGUGCGACGACAGAGCAACCUGCAUCCCAGCCAGCCAGGUCUGUGACAGUGUCAGCAACUGCAGGGAUGGAGAGGAUGAGCAGGAGAAACUCUGUGGUGACUUGCCCCGCAGCCUUCCGGGAUACCUGGUUUUCCACUGCAGUAACCCCGCGUCCUGGGUCUAUGCCGAUCAGAGGUGUAACGGGAUGAACGACUGCGGAGACUGCUCCGAUGAGAUGGGGAGCUUGGCCGCCUGCCCCCCGUGCGGGUCGGAAUGGUGGAGCUGCAGCCCUGUGCUCUACGAGUACUGCUCCUGCGUCCCCAGGAGGCUGUGCCGGGAUGGCACCCAGCACUGCCUCGCCUGGUCCGAUGAGUAUUUCUGCAGACCGUGA